AUGGAAGUCCAAUUCUGGAGUGCUUGGCUGUGGCUAGUCACCUUGCCCUUAUCCUCAGCUCUGCUAGCCCAGUCUCUCGCUCUAUGUGGAGGAAAGGUACGUUGAUUUAGGAGGUUAAGCCACCUGGCUUCAGAAAAAGAAGAAGGCCAAGACCGAUAAUGAAACGGAGGAUGAGCCGGCCGAAAAGUCCAAAACUGCCGCUGCCCCGGGCAAACCUGGAGCUCCAGGUGCUGCCACUGGAGGUGGAAAUCCGAAUGGUCCUCGGCCUCCAACUCAAGGUGGAAUGGCGGGAACUCACGACCCCAACUAUCAGGUGAGUUAUGUCUGGUUACUGCAUUUACCCUCUUCAGACGCUCAACGUCGUCGGCGGAGAAGUGUUCGGCGCCGACAAGGCCGGUGGUGCAGCUGGUGCCGCUGCUGCCCCUGCUGGCGGUGCUGGUCCUCGAGCUCCAGCCCAAGGCGGGAUCGCCGGGACGCAUGAUCCGAAUUAUCAGGUAUUGCGGUGCUUGCAAUGCAAAUUUUGUUUAGACUCUGGCUGGUGUUGGAGGAGAAGUAUUCGGGGCGGAUAAGGCCGGUGGAGCUGCUGGUGGGGCUGCUGGUGGGGCUGCUGGUGGAGCUGCUGGUGGAGGAGGUGCUGCGGAUGCACCAAAGCCUCCAGCUCAAGGUGGAGUCGCAGGAACCCAUGAUCCCAACUAUCAGGUAAUCGUAAUCAGCUCUAAUUAUUCUUGUUUAGACACUGGCUGGCGUUGGCGGAGAUUGUUUCGAGAAAAAGGGAGGCGGCGGAGCAGCUGCAGGAGGUGCUGCUGGACCCAAGGCUCCAGCUCAAGGUGGAGUCGCAGGAACCCAUGAUCCCAACUAUCAGACGCUGGCUGGUGUGGGUGGUGAUGUUUUCAACAAGAAAUAG